AUGGAUUCAAACCCAACCUAUCAGAGUGUCCAAGAUCGCUAUGGCCAGUUGGCUGAUCGCUCCUCUACCUGCGAGCAGAGAAAGGCCGAACAAACCAUUGCCCAAGCAUUCGGUUAUGAUGCCGGAGACCUGAGCUCAAUUCCCCAGGCUGCCAAUCUCGGAGUGAGCUGUGGGAACCCCUUGGCACUUGCUAACCUGCGAGAGGGCGAGACGGUGAUCGACCUAGGCAGUGGUGGUGGCAUUGACGUCCUGCUGGCAGCCAAGAAGGUUGGCCCACAAGGAAAAGCAAUUGGCGUGGAUAUAACCAAGAGCAUGCUGGAACUUGCUCGGAAGAAUGCAGAGAGCGCAAGUGCUUCUAAUACGUCCUUUAUCGAAGCUUCGAUCACUUCUAUUCCUCUGCCAGACUCUACAGCCAGCUGCAUCAUCAGUAACUGCGUCGUGAACCUCGUACCUACAGUCGACAAACAUCUUGUCUUCAAGGAGAUGUUUCGCUUGUUGCAAUCUGGAGGCCGCGUUGCCAUCAGUGACAUCUUGACUCGAAAGGAGCUACCCCAAGAGGUUGUCAACAGUCUAUCUUUCUACGUCGGGUGUAUUGCAGGAGCUAGCCAGGUUCAUGAGUAUGAGAAAUCUCUCUCCGACGCCGGAUUCAAAGAUAUUGUGAUUGUAGACACUCAUAGUGACAUCAACAUUUACAAAGAUCUGGUUCAAGGGGAAAUGAAAGCCGAAGAGAACAGUUCCCAGUCGAAGCCUUCUUGUUGCGGAGGAGCUCAAGGGAAUGAUGCUCCCAAUGAGAAUUUGCUGGAACAUGACUUCAACGAAUGGGCUGGCUCAUUCCAAAUUUAUGCUGUCAAACAGUAG